AUGGUUCCUCAUUGCCAGACCACACAACCGAAAGGGAGAUCAGAUAUCAAGAAGCAGGAGCAUCCUGAAGAACACUCACCUCAAGGAGAUUCUCCUUCUAUCGGUUGCAAGCGGCAGCACCCUGAAGAGCCCCCACCUCAAGACAAUUCUCCUUCGAUUAGUUGCAAGAGACAACGCGGGGAUCUUGCUCGAUUUGCGAGACACGGAGGACCAGACUUACGUGAUCUCAGAGGAUAUCCUCACCCGGCAAUAAGUCAUCAACUUGCCGGCAACAUGGGCACCCCCUCGCAACGCCGAGGUCUCAAUGCCACAGAACUAUUGAGUCUCCCAGACCCAGCUACCACACGGACCAGCAAAUCGUCAAGCCCUUAUGUCCUCGCAUUCCAGGGACACUUGGCUGAACAUCAAAUUCACGCAUUAGACGCCGAAACGGACGCCUCACAAGAGCCAGAGUUGGCGGAGAUCAUAGCAGCUCUAAAUAAACCGAGGCCGUCACUCUCACAUUCCUUGCUGUCCCCUGCCGACUUCAAGUUGUUUACAAAGUACGAUUCGGCCGCCCAAGACGAAUCUGAUGUACUGGCAAAUGUGAUCCCGGCCAUAAUCGGCCAAAAGGCUGCCGAUCCUCUCCCCGCCAGGGAAACACUCUUCAAUAACCUGAAGCCGCUUACAGACGGAACAAUCGUAUCUCCCAAGCCCGAUAUCUACUUCGGUGCUGGCCCUGGAGACCUUCACAAAUCGAUCCGCGAUGAGCUCACCCAACAAAUCAUACCGUCAAAGAAUACGAACAAACCUUUGGCUCCCAAUUUCUUCAUAGAGGUCAAAGGUCCAGAGGGAAGCCAAGGUGUAGUGACACGGCAAGCCUGUUACUAUGGUGCGAUUGGAUGUCGGGCCAUACACAGCCUACAAAACUACAACCAAGAGCAGCCCGUGUACGACGGAAAGCCUUACGCAUUCAGCACCACUUACCAAAGUGGUGGUUCGUUAAAGCUUUUCGCCCACCACGUCACGGCGCCCACAACCACAGAGGGACUUCCAGAAUACCAUAUGACCAAAGUCUACGGAUGGGAUGUCACUGCGAAUUUGGAAAACCUACGCACUGGGAUCACUGGAUUCAGGAACGCCAGAGACUUGGCAAAGCAAUACCGUGAUCGCUUCAUCCAGGAAGCAAACGAUCGACGGUCCCAGGCACUUGGGCAUGGUCUGUCGGCCGCGCAUGGCUCGGGAGAUCCUACAUCAUGCAUUCUGUUGCAGGACGCUCAUGAUGGCCAACUUCAGCAACAUGUUGAUGAAGGCGAGGGGACGAGCCAAGAUCCCGUGCUCCCCGGCGACGCCGCCUCACUGAGUCUCACCCCGUGUUCUCCUUCUAGUCCCAGCCCACCCCCUCAUCCUUCUAAGCGCCGAAAGUCCAAAGCUUAG